CGAGGAAGAGCAAGCCGCCGCCAUGUCGGGUGCCGCAGAUUCGCCAUAAUCCCGUCCGCCUGCUUCGCCCGCCGCCAUUCCAGAGCGGCAGUAAUUAAUAUUCACACGGGCCGGGGCUGGCUUCUUUGUCUUCUUUCUUUUUUUAAAGGCGCUUCCUGCCUCUCCAGAGACUCCGGACAGGCGCAUCGGCGGACGGCGCUUUCCUGAGGAGACGGAAGUGCGCCGAUCUUUUUUUUUUCCCUUCCCCCUUUUCACAAUUUAAAAGAAAGUACCCGGAUUUUCUUCCCGCUCCGCAGCCCGGGCCGUCAUGGAGGCUCCUUCGGCCGGGAACAGAUCCAUCUUCAUGUGCAAGCUCUGUAACUUAUUUUCCCCGAACCAGUCAGAACUGCUAUCUCAUGUCUCCGAGAAGCAUUCAGAAGAUGGGACAAAGGUGGAUGAAAUCAUCAUUCUACUCAGGCCUCUAACAACACCUGCAAAUCUGAAUAAAAAUGGAGAAGAACUGCUUGUAGUGAAGAGGAAGAGGGGGAGGCCCAAAGGAUCCACCAAGAAAUGUUACCCCGAUGAGGAAUCGGCUGAGAACAGUGCCUGUGCUCCAAGUGAAGGUGCUCAGCCAGGGCCUGGAGAAGGAGGAGGAGGAGGAGGAGGGGAGCUGGUGGAAGUUCCAGCAGACAACUUGGAAUGCCAGAAGUGCAGCCGGACGUUCUCCAACUCCCGACAGCUGCGGAAGCACAUCUGCAUUAUCGUUAAGCACGAACACUUAGAAGAAGACGGCGACUCAGGUAAUGAUUCUGAUGUUGACCUUGACAGGAGGGAAGAUGAACAAGAAAAACCAGCCAAGAGGCAGCGGGUACAAAGGACUGAGAAAAGCCUUUUCUCAAAAGAAGCAGACCAGGCCUCGGGAGCUAAGAAUCCUAUUAUAAGUGUGGUUUUGACAGCCCACGAAGCAAUUCCAGGAGCUACGAAAAUAGUUCCUGUGGAGGCAGCUUCUCCCAAAACUGAGCAGCCAAUCAACUCAGAAACCUCUGUGUCAGACUCAUCUCAGCGAAGAGGCUAUCAGGAAUAUGCCAUUCAGCAAACUCCUUAUGAACAGCCAAUGAAAUCAAGCAGGUUGGGUGCAACUCAGUUGAAAAUUUUCACCUGUGAGUAUUGCAACAAGGUGUUCAAAUUCAAGCACUCGCUUCAGGCCCACCUGAGGAUCCACACCAAGGAGAAGCCAUACAAAUGCUCCUCCUGCAACUACGCCAGUGCCAUCAAAGCCAACCUGAAUGUCCACCUGAGGAAGCACACGGGAGAGAAGUUCUCUUGUGACUACUGCUCUUUCACCUGCUUGAGCAAAGGCCACCUUAAAGUCCACGUGGAGAGAGUCCACAAGAAAAUCAAGCAGCAUUGUCGCUUCUGCAAGAAGAAGUAUGCUGAUGUCAAAAACCUGAUCAAGCAUAUCAAGGAAGCCCAUGACUUGCAAGACAAAAAGGUGAAGAAUGUCUUUGAUGAGCUUCGCUUGAUGACCCGGGAAGGCAAGAGGCAGCUUUUAUAUGACUGUCAAAUCUGCGAACGCAAGUUCAAAAAUGAAUUGGAUCGGGACAGGCAUAUGCUUGUCCAUGGGGAUGAGAGGCCCUUUGCUUGCGAGCUCUGUGGCCACGGAGCCACCAAGUACCAAGCUCUGGAGCUUCAUGUCCGAAAGCACCCAUUUGUGUACAUUUGCAGCGAGUGUUCAAAGAAAUUUGUCAGCUCCAUCAGGCUCCGCUCACAUAUCAAAGAUGCACAUGGGGAAUUGCCAGAGACAUCUGUUUUUAAUGAUUCCAUCAAUCAGAGCUUUUGUCUACUGGAACCUGGAGGAGAUGUCCAGCAGGAAGCCCUUGGAGAGGAACUGUUGCAGACUGCAGCUGAACUGUCACUCUUAAACUCUAAGGCACUUUGUAUAGUGAAGUCUGCUUGCACCGGAGAAGUAAAUACCACAGAGGGAAACAAUAGCCACAACCUUGCUGACAGUUUGGAAACAUCUCCUGCUCCACUUUUGGAUUUUGAAAGUCCAUCAGCAGCAACUGCAACAGAUCUGGCUUGUGAGCCGUUAACAGGAUUACCGUCCCCACGUGCAAGCCCGGUUAGUGCUUCAGAUAGCUUUCUACAGAAAAAUGCUUCACCGGGUUCAGAUGGAGAAAAGAUCCAUUCGGUAAAAGCGGCGGCGUCACUCAACUGUUCGGUUAAUGUCCAGGGGGAAGUAGAACAGCUUUUGGGAGAUGGAAACUCCAGUUUAAACCAGAAUUGCGAAGGUCCACAGAGGGUUCUGGAUCCUGAAGAAGAGAGCCAGACCAUUUGUCUUAAUCAGGAGGUAGUCAACAAAUCAACACCUGAAAAGACAGGGUCCUCCAGCUCAUGCCCCCUUCUAGGAUCCAGUACAGUGUCUGACCAGAAUUCAGAGUCAUGUCCUCCACCUUCAGAGGAUCGAACUGGAACUGCAGCCUUUAUGCAGAUUUUGGACAGUUUACAAAAACAACAAAUGAGUACAGCCUUGCGUGAAAAGAUCAGGAAGGUCUACGGAGGCUUGGAAUGCGAAUACUGUGGCAAGUUGUUUUGGUACGAGGCGCAUUAUGACAUGCACGUCCGCACUCACACACGAGAGCAUCUUCAUUACUGCUCUCAGUGCAGCUAUUCCUCCAUCACCAAAAACUGUCUUAAACGCCAUGUCAUCCAGAAGCAUAGCAACAUUUUGCUGAAAUGUCCCACAGCAGACUGCGAUUAUUCUACCCCGGAUAAGUACAAACUCCAGGCCCAUCUGAAAGUGCACUCGGAGCUGGACAAAAAGAGUUAUUCCUGCCCUGUGUGUGAGAAAUCAUUUUCUGAAGACCGACUUAUAAAAGCUCAUAUAAAGACAAACCAUCCAGAGGUUUCUAUGCACACAAUUUCCAAGAUUGUUGGCAGGAGAGUUCAGCUAAAAGGACUUAUAGGAAAACGAGCUGUGAAGUGCCCUUAUUGCAAUUUUUAUUUCAUGAAGAAUGGAUCGGAUCUCCAGCGUCACAUUUGGGCUCAUGAAGGUAUCAAGCCAUUCAAAUGUUCUCUCUGUGAAUAUGCUACUCGCAGCAAAAGCAACCUCAAAGCUCACAUGAAUCGCCAUAGUACUGAGAAGACACACCUGUGUGACAGGUGUGGGAAGAAGUUCAAAUCUAAAGGCACCUUGAAGAGCCAUAAACUCCUCCACACUGCUGAUGGAAAACAGUUCAAGUGCACUGUGUGUGAUUAUACUGCUGCCCAGAAGCCACAACUUCUAAGGCACAUGGAACAACAUGCUUCAUUCAAGCCUUUCCGCUGCGCACACUGCCAUUAUUCCUGCAACAUAUCUGGUUCUCUCAAAAGACAUUAUAAUAGGAAACAUCCCAGUGAGGAGUAUGUUAAUGCAGGCUCUGGUGAAUUUGCAGCUGAAGCCCUUCUCCAGCAAGGUGGUAUGAAGUGUCCUGUAUGCAGCUUUGUGUACGGGACAAAAUGGGAAUUCAACAGACACCUCAAAAACAAACAUGGACUUAAAUUAAUGGAGCAUGAUGGGGAAGUCAAGUGGGAGCAAACUAUAGAAAUUUCUGAAGAAACCUCUACACAGUAUCUUCAUAUCACCGAGGCUGAAGAUCUGCAAGGAACUCAGGCUGCUGUUGCUGCUCUACAGGACCUAAGAUAUACCUCAGAGAAUGGAGGAAGGCUUGAUGCCACCACGGCAGUCAACAUCCUUCAGCAAAUCAUGGAGCUGGGCACAGAGCCCCACGAUGGCGCUGCUCUGGCUUCUGUCGUUGCUGUGGCCCCAGGAACCGUUACUGUUGUCAAGCAGGUGACCGAAGAGGAACAGUCAGCUAAUCACACAGUGAUGAUUCAGGAAACUUUGCAGCAGGCUUCGGUGGAGUUGGCUGAGCAGCAUCACUUGGUCGUCUCCUCAGAUGAUAUGGAAGGAAUUGGGACUGUGACAGUUUAUACUCAGGGGGGAGAAGCCGCAGAACUGAUUGUUUAUGUUCAGGAAGCCAUGCAGCCUGUGGAAGAGCAGGCAGAGGAGCAGGAACAAUCUGGACAGAAAAUCUAGAUAAAAUCCUCCAGGCAGGUAAGCCUUCUGGCACUGCUAAAUCAAAACACAUGUUAUUUCCCAAUGUAUAUUUGACAGCAAGCCUAAAAAGUGCUUCCUGCAGCUGCUAGUCCCUUGUAUGUUUCACUACUGGUAGAUGUGAGGGUGGCAGUUGAUUGGACUAAUGGCUUUUUGCCAGGAGAUGUUUUGAUACAUACUGAGCCAUAAUCAAUUUCUUUUUUUAAAAA